AUGUGCGGGUUGAUGGGUGGUCGAUCGGGUGAUUUUGAUCAGCCCACGGUGCCUCGGGUUUACCACAGAGAAUACAGACAUCUCCUGGCUUUUAUAUUUGCUAUUGAUGAGAUAAACCGCAGUCCAGAUAUUCUUCCCAACAUAACUCUGGGAUAUCAUGUGUAUGAUUCUUGUGGACAUGUGAAUAAAGCUAUAAAAGACGUUCUACAGAUAUUGUCUGGACAUACAAAGGAAGCUCCAAAUUAUUCCUGUAUGGAGCGGGGUGCCCUGGCUGGUUUCAUUGGAGAUCUCAAUUCUGACACCACUCUACAAAUGGCCCAGCUGCUGAAUCUAUAUGGUUACACCCAGAUUAGUUAUGGAGCCAGAGAUACUUUGCUGAGUGAUAGAAAGAUGUAUCCAAACUUUUUCCGGACAGUUCCGGAUGAUGAGAUGCAAUAUGUGGCCAUAGCAAAGUUACUGGAAAGGUUGAAGUGGAACUGGGUCGGGAUACUUACAUCUGAUGAUGAAUACGGAGAGAGGGAGAUCCGACAACUCAGCAAACAUUUAUCUGAUCAUGGAAUUUGUAUUGAAUUCAAGAUUCUGGUGUCUGUUCUCUUUAUUGAGAUAUGCAGGAUCUAA